AAAGUUGAGUGUCCAGGAAAGACUUGAGAUAGAGUAAUGCUCUGCUUCAGUGCAAUCUCAGUGGCUGAUAUUCAAGUGAUGUGCAACUAGUGACUUUUAUCUCGUCUUUUCCAACUUGUAUAGGGUAAAAUGGAAAAACCACCACAGAAAUCUCAAAAUGGUUACCACACCAACUCUUCAAAAAGUAUAGAGGCAUAUGGCCAAGAUGAGAAGAAGAAGAAUGGUUCAGCAGAAGGACUGUCGGUCCUGGGAGCUGCAGUGUUAGUCGCAGGAGAAAUGGCAGGAAGUGGGAUACUUGCUCUGCCUAAAGCAGUUAUUGACUGUGGCUGGCCCGGUCUUCUGCUGGUGCUGUUGUUUUGUCUCAAUGCUUGCUAUGGAGGAACAAAGCUGGGUAACUGCUGGGCCAUUCUGGAGGAGAGAUAUCCUGAACACAAGAAGGCUACGAGAGACCCUUACCCAACAAUAGCCUUCAGAGCUGUAGGCCGGUGGGGCAGCACCCUAGUGUCAGCCUGUAUCCAAGUCACACUAUUUGGAGUGGCCAUUGUCUACCUGCUGCUGUCCGCCCAGAUAGUACAACAGCUGCUGAGAGAGUUGUUGCCUCAGGUGGGAUAUUGCCUCUGGUUCCUCAUCUUUGCGAUUGUCAUCACACCACCAAUGUGGCUGGGAUCACCAAAGGAUUUCUGGAUCGCUGGUGUCGGAGCUGUCCUGACUACAGCUAUAGCUUGUGUUCUCAUUUUCAUCAACAUGAUCUCAGACGGAAUACACAACACGGAGCCAGUUCCGCACAAUCCUCACAGUCUCACAGACUUCUUCUUCUCCUUUGGCACCAUCUUGUUUACUUACGGUGGUGCUUCUACCUUCCCCACCAUACAAAAUGACAUGGCACGCCGAGACAAGUUCUACAUCAGCGUCGCUAUGGGGUAUGUUGUUGUGUUGGCACUCUACAUGCCCGUAGUGUUUGCGGCAUUCUUUGUCUACGGAGACGCUGUUAACGCUAACGUAGUAUUAUCUCUCAGUCGAGGAAUGUUUGCUUCCUUUGCCAACAUGCUGAUGGCACUUCACCUCAUCCUGGCACUUCUCAUUGUCAUCAACCCAGUCUGCCAGGAGAUCGAGGAGAUCUUUAAUGUCCCACACAAGUUUGGUGGCAAGCGGUGCUUAGUCCGAUCUUUGAUGGUGUUGCUGAUGAUAGUGGUGGGGGAAACUAUCCCAGAGUUUGGUAAGAUCUUGGCGCUAGUUGGAGGAUCUAGCAUCACUCUGUGCACCUUCAUACUGCCUCCCUACUUCUACAUGAGGCUCUGCGAUCAGAAGAGAGCUGAUUGGCCUGAAAGGUUAAUACCCUGGUACGAACGUGGUUACAUGUGGGUGCUAAUUAUCAUCGGAUUGGUGGGAGGAGUGUGCUGUACGUACAGCGCAGGACACUCAAUUCUAUCAGCAAACUCGUUAACAACACCAUGUUACUGGCCUGACUAACAAAUGGAAUCCAACACAGACCACAUGCAUUACUUUAAAAAGACUUGAAAAAUGUUUUUAUACCUAUUAAUUUUAACUGUACUAGUAUUAAAAGUAUGUCGCCAAUCCUUAAAAUUA